CCUCCUCCCCGGCUCCCUGCCUAGUCUCCAUAUAAAAGCAGCGCCGCCUCCCCGCCCUCUCUCACUCCCCGCUCCUCUCCGCCGCGCACUCUCCGCGGCGCUAGGAGAGGGCGGAGGGGGAGGCGGCGCGCAGCGCCAGAGGAGGGGGGACGCAGGGGGCGGAGCGGAGACAGCACCUUCGGAGAUAAUCCUUUCUCCUGCCGCAGAGGAGAGGAGCGGCCGGAGCGAGACACUUCGCCCAGGCACAGCAGCCGGCAGGAUGGCGACCGUGGUGGUGGAAGCCACCGAGCCGGAGCCGUCCGGCAGCAUCGCCAACCCGGCGGCGUCCACCUCGCCCAGCCUGUCGCACCGCUUCCUUGACAGCAAGUUCUACUUGCUGGUGGUCGUCGGCGAGAUCGUGACCGAGGAGCACCUGCGGCGCGCCAUCGGCAACAUAGAGCUCGGAAUCCGAUCAUGGGACACAAACCUGAUUGAAUGCAACUUGGACCAAGAACUCAAACUUUUUGUGUCUCGACACUCUGCAAGAUUCUCUCCUGAAGUCCCAGGACAAAAGAUCCUUCAUCACCGAAGUGACGUUUUAGAAACAGUGGUCCUGAUCAACCCUUCUGAUGAAGCAGUCAGCACUGAGGUGCGUUUAAUGAUCACUGAUGCUGCCCGACACAAACUGCUCGUGCUGACCGGGCAGUGCUUUGAAAACACCGGAGAGCUCAUUCUCCAGUCCGGCUCUUUCUCCUUCCAGAACUUCAUAGAGAUUUUCACCGACCAAGAGAUUCUAAAAGGAGGCCGCAACAAGUGCCCUGUUAAUCUGAAUUUCUUUGAGAUCGGGGAGUUACUAAGCACCACCCAUCCUGCUAACAAAGCCAGCUUAACCCUGUUCUGUCCUGAAGAAGGGGACUGGAAGAACUCCAAUCUUGACAGACACAAUCUCCAAGACUUCAUCAAUAUUAAACUCAAUUCAGCUUCUAUCUUGCCAGAAAUGGAAGGACUUUCUGAGUUUACUGAGUAUCUCUCAGAAUCAGUGGAAGUCCCAUCUCCCUUUGACAUCCUGGAACCUCCCACAUCGGGUGGAUUUCUGAAGCUCUCCAAGCCCUGCUGUUAUAUUUUUCCAGGAGGGAGGGGAGAUUCUGCCUUGUUUGCAGUGAAUGGUUUCAAUAUGCUCAUCAAUGGCGGAUCGGAGAGAAAAUCCUGCUUCUGGAAGCUCAUCCGACACUUAGACCGAGUGGACUCCAUCCUGCUCACCCACAUUGGGGAUGACAAUUUGCCUGGAAUAAACAGCAUGCUACAGCGGAAAAUUGCAGAGCUCGAGGAAGAACAGUCCCAGGGCUCCACCACAAAUAGUGACUGGAUGAAAAAUCUCAUCUCCCCUGACUUAGGAGUUGUAUUUCUCAAUGUACCUGAAAAUCUCAAAAAUCCAGAGCCAAACAUCAAGAUGAAGAGAAGCAUAGAAGAAGCAUGCUUCACUCUCCAGUACCUAAACAAAUUGUCCAUGAGACCAGAACCUCUGUUUAGAAGUGUAGGCAAUACUAUUGAUCCUGUCAUUCUUUUCCAAAAAAUGGGAGUGGGUAAACUUGAGAUGUAUGUGCUUAAUCCAGUCAAGAGCAGCAAGGAAAUGCAGUAUUUUAUGCAGCAGUGGACUGGCACCAACAAAGACAAGGCUGAACUCAUUCUGCCUAAUGGUCAAGAAGUAGAUCUCCCGAUUUCCUACUUAACUUCAGUCUCAUCUUUGAUUGUAUGGCAUCCAGCAAACCCUGCAGAAAAAAUCAUCCGAGUCCUGUUUCCUGGGAACAGCACCCAAUACAACAUCCUGGAAGGGUUGGAAAAACUCAAACAUCUAGACUUUCUGAAGCAGCCACUGGCCACCCAAAAGGAUCUCACUGGCCAGGUGCCCACUCCUGUGGUGAAACAAACAAAACUGAAACAGAGGGCUGAUAGCCGAGAAAGUCUGAAGCCAGCCACAAAACCACUUCCUAGCAAAUCCGUGCGCAAGGAGUCAAAAGAAGAAACCCCUGAGGUCACAAAAGUGAAUCACGUGGAAAAGCCACCCAAAGUUGAAAGCAAAGAAAAGGUAACAGUGAAAAAAGACAAGCCAGUAAAAACAGAGACCAAACCUUCAGUGACUGAAAAGGAGGUUCCCAGCAAAGAAGAGCCAUCUCCAGUGAAGGCCGAGGUGGCUGAGAAGCAAGCCACAGAUGUCAAACCCAAAGCCGCCAAGGAGAAGACGGUGAAAAAAGAAACAAAGGCAAAGCCUGAAGACAAGAAAGAGGAGAAGGAAAAGCCAAAGAAAGAAGUGGCUAAAAAGGAGGACAAAACACCUAUCAAGAAGGAGGAAAAACCAAAAAAGGAAGAGGUGAAAAAAGAAGUCAAAAAAGAAAUCAAGAAAGAAGAGAAAAAAGAACCCAAGAAAGAGGUUAAGAAAGAAACACCGCUGAAGGAAGCCAAGAAGGAAGUUAAGAAGGAAGAGAAGAAGGAAGUGAAAAAGGAAGAAAAGGAACCCAAAAAAGAAAUUAAGAAGCUCCCUAAAGAUGCAAAGAAAUCAUCUACUCCUCUACCUGAAGCAAAAAAACCAGCUGCUUUAAAACCAAAAGUACCCAAGAAGGAAGAGCCUGUCAAGAAAGAUUCUGUUGCCGCCGGGAAGCCAAAGGAGAAGGGGAAAAUAAAAGUCAUUAAGAAGGAAGGCAAGGCCACAGAGGCUGUCGCUGCAGCUGUCGGCACUGGAGCUGCCACAGCAGCCGUGGUGGCGGCAGCUGGAAUAGCGGCCACUGGCCCUGCCAAAGAACUUGAAGCUGAGAGGUCCCUUAUGUCAUCUCCUGAGGAUCUAACCAAGGACUUUGAAGAGUUAAAGGCUGAAGAGGUCGAUGUAACAAAGGACAUCAAGCCUCAGCUGGAGCUAAUCGAAGAUGAAGAGAAACUGAAGGAAACCGAACCAGUCGAAGCCUACGUCAUCCAGAAGGAGACAGAAGUCACCAAAGGUCCUGCCGAGUCCCCUGAUGAGGGAAUCACCACCACUGAAGGGGAAGGCGAAUGUGAACAGACACCUGAGGAGCUGGAGCCCGUCGAGAAGCAGGGAGUAGACGACAUUGAAAAAUUUGAAGACGAAGGAGCGGGUUUUGAAGAAUCCUCAGAGACUGGAGACUAUGAAGAGAAGGCAGAAACUGAGGAGGCUGAGGAGCCAGAGGAGGAUGGGGAGGAACACAUAUGUGUGAGCGCCUCUAAGCACAGCCCCACUGAGUAUGAGGAAAGUGCCAAGGCGGAGGCUGAUGCAUACAUCAGGGAGAAGAGGGAGUCUGUGGCCAGUGGGGAUGACCGAGCCGAAGAAGACAUGGAUGAGGCCAUUGAGAAAGGAGAGGCUGAACAAUCUGAGGAGGAGGCUGAUGAGGAGGACAAAGCUGAAGAUGCCAGAGAGGAGGAAUAUGAGCCGGAAAAAAUGGAAGCUGAAGACUAUGUGAUGGCUGUGGUCGACAAGGCUGCAGAGGCUGGUGGUGCCGAGGAGCAGUAUGGAUUCCUCACCACACCAACCAAGCAACCAGGAGCCCAGUCUCCUGGCCGAGAACCUGCAUCUUCAAUUCAUGAUGAGACUUUACCUGGAGGUUCAGAGAGCGAGGCCACAGCUUCUGAUGAGGAGAAUCGAGAAGACCAGCCUGAGGAAUUCACUGCCACCUCUGGCUACACUCAGUCUACUAUUGAGAUAUCCAGUGAGCCUACCCCCAUGGAUGAGAUGUCUACCCCUCGAGAUGUGAUGAGCGAUGAGACCAACAAUGAAGAGACGGAGUCCCCUUCUCAGGAAUUCGUAAAUAUCACCAAAUACGAGUCUUCAUUGUAUUCUCAGGAAUACUCUAAACCUGCUGAUGUUACACCACUCAACGGAUUUUCUGAAGGAUCAAAAACAGAUGCCACUGAUGGCAAGGAUUACAAUGCUUCAGCCUCUACCAUAUCACCACCCUCUUCCAUGGAGGAAGACAAAUUCAGCAGAUCUGCUCUACGUGAUGCUUACUGCUCUGAAGUGAAAGCCAGCACCACGUUGGACAUCAAAGAUACCAUCUCAGCUGUUUCAGGUGAAAGGCUCAGCCCAUCAAAGAGCCCAUCCCUGAGUCCAUCUCCACCAUCACCCUUAGAAAAGACCCCCCUGGGUGAACGUAGUGUGAACUUCUCUCUGACGCCCAAUGAGAUUAAAGUCUCUGCAGAGGCAGAAGUAGCCCCGGUGUCUCCUGAGGUAACCCAAGAAGUAGUUGAAGAACAUUGUGCUAGUCCUGAGGACAAGACUCUGGAAGUGGUGUCACCAUCUCAGUCUGUGACUGGCAGUGCUGGUCACACACCUUACUACCAAUCUCCCACCGAUGAGAAAUCCAGUCACCUCCCUACAGAAGUAAUCGAGAAACCACCAACAGUUCCAGUGAGUUUUGAAUUCAGUGAUGCCAAAGAUGACAGUGAAAGAGCUUCAGUAAGCCCCAUGGAUGAGCCCGUGCCUGACUCAGAGUCUCCUAUUGAAAAAGUUUUGUCUCCUUUACGCAGCCCGCCCCUCAUUGGAUCCGAGUCUGCCUAUGAAAGUUUUCUAAGUGCUGAUGACAAGGCUUCUGGCAGAGGUGCCGAAAGCCCCUUUGAAGAAAAGAGUGAAAAACAAAGCUCUCCAGACCAAGUAAGUCCAGUUUCUGAAAUGACUUCCACUAGUCUUUACCAAGACAAACAGGAAGGGAAAAGCACAGACUUUGUACCAAUAAAAGAAGACUUUGGCCAAGAAAAGAAAACUGAUGAUGUUGAAGCCACGAGUUCUCAACCAGCACUGGCUCUGGAUGAAAGGAAAUUAGGAGAUGUUUCUCCCACACAAAUAGAUGUCAGUCAGUUUGGAUCUUUUAAAGAAGACACUAAGAUGUCCAUUUCUGAAGGUACUGUCUCAGACAAGUCAGCUACUCCUGUUGAUGAGGGUGUAGCGGAAGACACAUACUCUCAUAUGGAGGGUGUGGCCUCAGUGUCCACAGCCUCAGUGGCUACGAGCUCAUUUCCAGAGCCAACAACAGAUGAUGUGUCUCCUUCUCUGCAUGCUGAGGUUGGCUCCCCACAUUCCACAGAAGUAGAUGACUCCCUUUCAGUGUCUGUUGUGCAAACACCUACCACAUUCCAGGAAACAGAAAUGUCUCCAUCUAAAGAAGAAUGCCCAAGACCGAUGUCAAUUUCCCCACCAGACUUCUCCCCUAAAACUGCAAAGUCCAGGACACCCGUUCAAGAUCACAGAUCUGAACAGUCCUCAAUGUCUAUUGAAUUUGGCCAAGAAUCUCCUGAGCACUCCCUUGCUAUGGACUUCAGUCGACAGUCUCCAGAUCAUCCUACAGUGGGUGCAGGUGUGCUUCACAUCACUGAAAAUGGGCCAACUGAAGUGGACUACAGUCCUUCUGACAUGCAGGACUCCAGUUUAUCACAUAAGAUACCACCUAUGGAGGAGCCGUCCUAUACCCAAGAUAAUGAUCUUUCUGAGCUCAUCUCAGUAUCUCAGGUAGAGGCCUCCCCAUCCACCUCUUCUGCUCAUACCCCUUCUCAGAUCGCUUCUCCUCUCCAAGAAGAUACUCUAUCUGAUGUUGCUCCUCCAAGAGAUAUGUCCUUAUAUGCCUCACUCACCUCUGAAAAAGUGCAAAGUCUGGAAGGAGAGAAGCUUUCUCCAAAAUCUGAUAUCUCUCCACUCACCCCACGAGAGUCCUCUCCUUUAUAUUCACCUACUUUUUCAGAUUCUACCUCUGCAGUCAAAGAGAAAACAGCAGCUUGCCACACUUCCUCUUCUCCACCCAUAGAUGCGGCAUCCGCAGAGCCCUAUGGCUUCCGUGCCUCAGUGUUAUUUGAUACCAUGCAACACCAUCUAGCCUUGAAUAGAGAUUUGGCCACACCUGGCCUGGAGAAGGACAGUGGAGGGAAGACACCUGGUGACUUUAGCUAUGCCUAUCAAAAGCCUGAGAAAACAACUAGGUCCCCAGAUGAAGAAGAUUAUGACUACGAGUCUUAUGAGAAGACCACCCGGACCUCAGAUGUGGGCGGCUAUUACUAUGAGAAGAUAGAGAGAACCACAAAAUCCCCAAGUGACAGUGGCUACUCCUAUGAGACCAUUGGGAAAACCACCAAGACCCCUGAAGAUGGUGACUAUUCCUAUGAAAUUAUUGAGAAGACCACACGGACCCCUGAAGAGGGUGGGUACUCAUAUGACAUAAGUGAAAAGACCACCAGCCCCCCUGAAGUGAGUGGUUACAGCUAUGAAAAGACUGAGAGGUCUAGAAGGCUUCUGGAUGACAUCAGCAAUGGCUAUGAUGACUCUGAGGAUGGUGGCCACACACUUGGGGACCCCAGCUACUCUUACGAGACCACUGAGAAAAUUACCAGUUUCCCUGAGUCUGAAAGUUACUCCUAUGAGACAGCUACAAAGACGACACGAACCCCCGAUACUUCCACAUACUGUUACGAGACUACAGAGAAAAUCACUAGAACCCCUCAGGCAUCCACAUAUUCCUACGAGACUUCAGACCUAUGCUACACUGCAGAAAAGAAGUCCCCCUCAGAAGCCCGCCAGGAUGUCGAUUUAUGCCUCGUGUCCUCCUGUGAAUACAAGCACCCCAAGACAGAGCUUUCACCCUCCUUCAUUAAUCCCAAUCCUCUUGAGUGGUUUGCCAGUGAAGAGCCCACUGAAGAAUCUGAAAAGCCCCUCACUCAAUCAGGGGGAGCCCCACCGCCUCCAGGAGGAAAGCAACAGGGCCGACAGUGUGAUGAAACCCCUCCCACCUCAGUCAGCGAGUCGGCCCCAUCCCAGACCGACUCUGAUGUUCCCCCGGAGACUGAAGAGUGCCCCUCCAUCACGGCUGAUGCCAAUAUCGACUCUGAAGACGAGUCGGAAACCAUCCCUACAGAUAAAACUGUCACGUACAAACACAUGGACCCACCUCCAGCUCCCGUGCAAGACCGCAGCCCUUCGCCACGCCAUCCUGAUGUGUCCAUGGUGGACCCAGAGGCCUUGGCCCUUGAGCAGAACCUGGGAAAAGCUCUAAAGAAAGAUCUGAAAGAGAAGACCAAAACCAAAAAGCCAGGUACAAAGACCAAGUCAUCUUCACCUGUCAAAAAGAGUGAUGGGAAGUCUAAGCCCUUGGCAGCUUCACCAAAACCAGCAGGCUUGAAAGAAUCCUCAGAUAAGGUGUCCAGGGUGGCUUCUCCUAAGAAGAAAGAAUCUGUGGAAAAGGCAGCAAAACCCACCACCACUCCUGAGGUCAAAGCUGCACGUGGGGAAGAGAAGGACAAGGAGACCAAGAAUGCUGCCAAUGCCUCUGCAUCCAAGUCGGCCAAGACCGCCACUGCAGGACCAGGAACCACCAAGGCAACCAAGUCCUCCACUGUGCCCCCAGGCCUCCCUGUGUAUUUGGACCUGUGCUACAUACCUAACCACAGCAAUAGUAAGAAUGUUGAUGUGGAAUUUUUCAAGAGAGUACGGUCUUCCUACUACGUGGUGAGUGGGAAUGACCCUGCUGCUGAGGAGCCCAGCCGGGCUGUCCUGGACGCUUUGUUGGAAGGAAAGGCUCAGUGGGGCAGCAACAUGCAGGUGACACUGAUCCCAACUCAUGACUCAGAAGUGAUGAGGGAAUGGUACCAGGAGACCCACGAGAAACAGCAAGACCUCAACAUCAUGGUUUUAGCAAGCAGCAGCACAGUGGUUAUGCAAGAUGAAUCCUUCCCUGCAUGCAAGAUUGAACUGUAAAAAGCAAGGCCAGCCACACCACAGGAUCUGAACUUUGUUUCCAGAAAUUCUUCAAUUUGAAAUCACCUUUUCUAAAAAGUCAAUUCAUCUAGUUAAGUCGCUGAACAAUUACCUGCCAAAUGCUAUACUGUGUCAUGGUGAUGCAAGUCACUAAAUUUCUCAGUUUUUGCUGAUUGCUAAGGGAAGUAACAGUAUUCCCACAAUAGGGUUCAAGUUCCUGCAAAAUUACCUACCCCAGUUCAUCUCUGCUGAACAUUUGGAAACCAUGCACUAGCCAACCCAACUGACUUCUGCUAGGUAGAGGCAUUUGUCUUAGAGAGAGAGAGAGCGCGGGAGAGAGUGAGAGAGAGUGAGAGCACAAAGAGAACGCAGGAGAGAGACGGAGAAAGAAUGAGAAAGAAAAGGAAUGCAAGAGAAGGAGAUGUAAUGACAGAGAGUUCUGGUGAGAUACCCAGAGAGAAAAAGAGAGAGCAGGGUGGGGUAAGGAGGAGAAAAUAACCAACAAUUAGGUCUGUAUUUUCUCAGGCAGUAGGCAUUCUUUAGUCUACAUAGGCAAAGUUUUCCAUUUUUGUCAGUCUGAGUCAUCAAAAAGAGUCUUAAUUUUCUAAAACAAGUUGGCUAGAAGAAAAGUAAAAAGAACAAAACUUGUUAUGAGGGCAUGUGAUAUUUUCACAUCUUAAUUAAGCUCCUUCAGUUUGAAGGCUGCACACUGACAUGAUGUAGUGAGUGUAGACUGGCCAUGCAAGUGGUUUGGGCCCCAUUCAGAACUCUCAGACUCUAAACACACAAGUAGAUUGAUCUAAGGCAUGCUCCCAGCAUUUGUCCACCCACUUAGUCCACUCUGAGUCGAUUAACCUGCAUGCAGCAACACCCAAGUCCACCCCAAUUAACUGAAGCAAAUACCAAAGCAGUUGGGAGUACAUAUGGUAGACAAUUUGCCUUAGGAAGUGACUUGAAUGUACAAAGAUACUUGAUGCACUUAUUUUUUAAUGUGAGACAGCAAGUUUAUAAAACAUCCCUAUAGGAUUAUAGAUACUUAAAGGAGCACAUGGGUGAGCGCGUGUGGGGGUACUAGAAGCUGGUCUGAUUGGUCCAACAGUUUGAUGCUGAGUCAUGUGUGUUGAAUCCCACUUCAGUGCACCUGUGGCCUCUCAGUCAAACAAGUUGUGCCUUUCACAGCUUCUUUACUACUGCAAGUUCAAGACUGAAAUGGCUUCUAUGAUCAGAACUGGGAAAACAGUGAAUCUUAUGGUGGAAGAGGUUCUCAGCAAGUGUACAGUAUUUACCUUUGUCUUACAUUGGCUUUUUAAAUUUUCCAUUAAUUUCAACGUAAUUAUGGGAACAAGUGUACAGAAGAAUUUUUUUUUAAGAUAUGUGAGAACUUUUCAUAGAUGAACUUUUUAACAAAUGUUUUCAUUUACAGGAAAUUGCAAAGAAAAUUCUCAAGUGAUAGUCUUUUUUUUAAGUGUUUCGUAAGACAAAAAUUGAAUAAUGUUUUUUGAAGUUCUGGCAAGAUUGAAGUCUGAUAUUGCAGUAAUGAUAUUUAUUAAAAACCCAUAACUACCAGGAAUAAUGAUACCUCCCACCCCUUGAUUCCCAUAACAUAAAAGUGCUACUUGAGAGUGGGGGAGAAUGGCAUGGUAGGCUACUUUUCAGGGCCUUGACAAGUACAUCACCCAGUGGUAUCCUACAUACUUCUUUCAAGAUCUUCAACCAUGAGGUAAAAGAGCCAAGUUCAAAGAACCCUAGCACAAAUUUGCUUUGGGAUUUUCUUUUCUGGAAAAAAAAAAAAAAUAAAAGAAAUAGUACAUUGAAAACAAAUGAAUUCUCAACUCCUACGGUUCAUGUAGAGUUUAGAGAAAAUUUCCAUCAUUGUCAUCAUUGAACUGUGAACCUGGGAAGCCAGAUCAUGAUUAAAACUGACAUCAAGUUUCAAGUUGCAGAUCAAUGCACCCAGUGUUCAGAUGCGGCAAACCUCUCCGUGACAACUGUGUUGUGCUCUGUCACAUUACAUUUCCUGCAGACUCUAAGAUCUACGGAGUAGAGAACAAUGACCUCAUUUUAUUUUCUAUGUUAGUUAUUUAUUUCAAAAUUAACAUUUUAGUUUAUUUUUGUCUGAUAAGUGUAUGUUUUGCACUGCUAACUACAAUGAGGGUUUAAAAAAACGCUUCUUCAGGGUCCUUUCACUGAGGACCUGUGCAGUCUACUUAAUGCUGUGAAUUACGUUUUUCAAAUGUUUAAUUUUUUAAAGAAAAUUAAUAUUCUAUUUUUGUUAGGCUUCUCUAGAAAUGCAGCUUUUAUUUAUUACCCCAUUUCUUUCAAGUCCUUGAAAAAUAACAUAUUAAGGGUACAAGAAAUUAACACAUGAUGGAAAAGUCAUUGUGACGCAAAUGAAUUUCAUUGAGUAUAAACGCAUCUACUUCAAACUUAUUUUAUAAGACAACCUAAGAUACUCGAGAUAAUUAUUUAAUGGUUAGCUCUUAAGUUGAAUUGGUCUACAUAAUACGUGGGAAGAAAACCAGAUUUUUAGCCUUCUUGCCAAAUCCAGACCUCUGGUUGAUUUUUCUUUGACAGAAGAUGAAGUAAUUUUCCAGUUUCCCAAAUUAAAUGUAUUUAACAUGUACAUUAUUUUGGUUUAAAAACUAUAAACAUUGUAGGAGAAUUAUAGCCAGUCUUCAGUUAUAACCACUCCACCCCCCUCACUUUCUCUCUCUCUCUCUCUCUCUUUUUUUUUUUUUUUUUUUUGCUAUGGGAUUUAAUGGGAAAAAUAUAUAAAAACUAUCACUAGUCAGCUGGCUCUUUUUCCUAUGAAAUCUAUCAGUACCUUUCUCCAUCCAUUGUUCUCAAUAAUGACCACAGAGCCUGAGUAUACCAAGAAAACCAAUAUUCGCAUUACAGGUUGCUCCUGUCCUUCCAGACACCUUUCCUGCCUGUGUGACUAACCUAAUUUUGCUAGUUCCAUAAAUACACGAUUAGUUUAGUAACAGCCAUCACAAUGUACCAUGUACAUUCUAAGUGAGAGCUAAAGAUCGACACAGACUUCUAGGAGCUUUGUUCAUACUGAUUACUUAAUCCAAUUGUAUAGAUUGAAUAUUUGAGUGGAAGGAAUUUACACUCUGUUUAAACGAUGGGAUUGUAUCGAGAUAGCACUCAUGAUCAUGACCUUUUUGGUAGUAUUCUUAAACAAAAUUCUACAGAGACUAAAUGUUAGAGAUGAUCCUCCAUUUUCAAUUUUAACCAGUUCUGUCCCCUUUCUCAAAACCCUGAGCCCUGUGCAUGCUUUCUCAGUCUUGUGGUGGGACUGGAUACAAUGACUAACUUCCCCUCCUCCCCCUUUUAAACACCAUUUUCCAUGGAGUUCAAAAAAAUUUUUUUUCCUUAACGUUACAUAUCAUAGUGAAUGGUUUCCCCAGUGUAUAUGAAUGUUUUAAGUGUCUCCAAUAGCUUAUGCAGUCUAGGAGCUUUCCAAUACUCAUUUAAUUAAGAUUUAAUCAUUUGCUAAUGGAAAUCUUACCACCUUUCAUUUUCCCUCUAUUACCAAAUUUCAGCUCUUAGGAGCUGCUCUACAAUUCUCAAUUUGCUUUUCUUGCCUCUCUUUAGUCACCUGUCACAGGAGGUUCCUGCUCAGUAAUGAUAUUGUGAGUUAGGAUAAUAACUUUUUUUUUUUGUGCUUCAGAUUUAGAAGAAAAGAUCCUGUUUCCAUUUGAAAGGAACUGUAAGCUUUUAUCUUUUAACCAACUGAACAAUACACCAAAAGCAGCCUAGGGAUGAGCAUUUCUUUGAAAGCAAUUAGGUUAUUCACCUGGUAUUAAAACUAUUUACUGUUAAAAAAUCUGUGACUUCAUGAAGUUGAUUUUUAAAGGCAGCAUCAAAAACUGAAAAGGAAGGGAAAAAAUAAGCAGCUUCUCUGCAUUUGUUUGGAGCUCCCCAAAACGGGGGCCAUGGAGAAGUGGCAUCAAGACCGGGCUGCCCUUUCGAGAACACCCUGUGGCAGUUCAGAGACACGCUUUUCCUCCACUGCAUGCAGCCCCUCUUUCCAGCACUGGAAAGAAGUGGUCUUGAGCCCGGCUGAGAAGCACUUCACACUCCUCUCUCUUGUUCUGAAUGGUGUUUGUGUCAGUCUGCAGCUGUGUAUGGUAUUAUGUCUUAUAAUCCUGCAUCACUUCUAUCCUAUCCAGUCAUAUCUAAUGUAGAAAAUUAGUUUCCAGUGAAAGUAAUAUGUAGUGCUUUUAUGAUAUUUGUGUGCAAUAUCCCCUCUUCCAUUGAGGAUAUUUGAUGUAAAGGAAAAAAAAAAAACUCAGUUCCACAAUAAAAUACAAAAGUGGCAAAAGUU